AUUUCCUACUCAAUCUUAUCCAAAGACCUUAAAAAUUAUCGCGACAAGCAAGUUGACAACUUCCAAUUUCAAGUUCCUUUCCAAAAUGUCCCAAAAACUGAGCACAAAAGCGACAGCAUCAAGUACAUUUUAUUCUGGACGAGUUGGUGGUUCUUUGAGAAUUGGCAAAUGGGUGAUGAAAUUCUUGGUGAAGAGUAUUUAAAGUCUAUCGAUUGUCCAGUCACAAACUGUGUGUUUUCACAUGAUCGGAACUUUUUGCCACAGCCCACUGACUAUGAUGCAUUGGUUUUCCAUGUUGGAGACUUUAAUGACAUUGAUGAUUUGCCGGAGGUGAGGAGGGAGGAUCAGAUUUACAUCAUGGCUAAUGAAGAACCGCCAUUCUUCUCAAGGCAUAACCUCAAUUAUGAUAGAAACUUCUUCAACAUGACGCUGACUUUCCGAUUAGAUUCCGACAUCCUUUGGAACUACGGACUCUUCUUUGACAUCGAGACAGGAAGUGUUGUGGCUCCAUCAAAAUAUGCCAAGUGGAGGGAACCUGAAAUUGUUGACGAUCCACAAAUCUUAGAAUUCGUAACUAAAUCCAAGUCAAAGCUUGCAGCAUGGUUCGUGUCUCACUGCGACGCACCAUCAAACCGAGAAAGUUUGACCAAGAAAAUUCAGGAAUUUAUGGAAGUUGAUGUCUAUGGAGAUUGUGGGAACUUAACAUGUCCAAUGGGGAGGACAAUUUAUGACAAAGGCAAUCGCCAGCACUGCACAGACAUGCUUAAUUCAACCUACAAAUUUUAUUUAUCAUUUGAGAACUCAAUUUGUACUGAUUACAUGACUGAGAAGGUGUUCCUGAACAUGGACAACUUUAUUGUACCAAUUUUAUACAAUGGAAUCACAGACAUGCAGCACUUCCUGCCACCACACUCAUACAUUCAUGUCAAUGACUUCAGCAGUGUCGAAGAUCUCGUCAAUUAUCUCAAAUAUUUAGACAAAAAUCCACAAGAAUAUGCAAAUUAUUUCUGGUGGAAGAAAUACUAUAAAGUGACUGAGAAUGUCCAUAAAUAUUCAUACUGUGACAUGUGCAUGAAGAUCAACAGUUGGAAUGUCAAGAAGAAAAGAAAGGAAUAUUUGGACAUAGCAAAGUGGAAUAGUCAUGAAAAAUGUUACAAUAUGAGAGUCAAUUUUUGAGCUUAGACAAUGAGCUUGACGUUAUCAGCUCAGCCACGGACAUAAGAGUCGCUUAUCACAACAAAGAUAACCAUUUAUAGUUCUAAGAUAAUUAAAAUUGUAAGUCCACAAUAC